UCGGCGGUGCGGCAGCCCUGUCCGGACUCCACUGCGCCUCAGAGGGGCUCAAACACAAAUUCAAGAACUGUGGCCCCUUGUUCACAUGGUUUCAAGACACAAUGAGGYGCACUGGCUCUUGGAAGCUUUGGCCUUGGGUGGCAGUGUUCCUGCUUCCUGCUUCUACUUCCGUGACRGUUAGGGACAAGCCAGAAAAACAAUGUCCUAUUCUGAGGACAGUGGGAUAUCAGUUCACACAAGACAACAGAAAUGAACUUGAAGUUUCAGGUUUUGAUCUAGGAGAGAGCUUUUCUCUGAGACGUGCAUUUUGUGAAGGGGAUAAAACCUGUUUCAAAUUGGGAAGUGCACUUCUUAUUAGAGAUACUAUUAAGAUAUUUCCUAAAGGCCUUCCUGAGGAGUUCUCUGUAGCAGCUGUGUUUCGUGUACGAAGAAACACCAAAAAGGAGCGGUGGUUUCUGUGGCAGGUUUUAAACCAGAAAAAUGUGCCACAGAUUUCUGUCGUAAUUGAUGGUGGAAAGAAGGUGGUAGAGUUUAUGUUCCGAGCUGCCGGGGGAGACAYGUUGAAUUACAUUUUUAAAAAUCGGGAACUCCGUCCUUUGUUUGACCGUCAGUGGCAUAAACUUGGCUUCAGCAUACAAUCCCAGGUCCUUUCACUCUAUGUGGAUUGCAGUUUAAUUGCAAGCCGGCAGACUGAUGUGAAGGAUACUGUGGAUUUUCAUGGGAGGACAGUUCUGGUGGCACGAGCUGCUGAUGGCAAGCCUGUGGACAUUGAACUUCACCAACUUAAAAUCUACUGUAAUGCAAACUUCAUAACUCAAGAAACAUGUUGUGAAAUAUCAGCUACUAAGUGCCCAGAGCAGGAUGAUUUUGGAAGUACUGUGUCAUCAUCCAUAACUGSUCAUGCCAGUAAACUGUCUACGUUUCUGCCCGCAAAGCAGGAACUCAGAGACUUGUGCCAGUGCGUUCCAAGCAAGGGAGAAGCAGGAUUACCAGGGACUCCAGGUUCACCUGGGCAGAAAGGAGAGCCGGGUGAAAAUGGUUUACCUGGUGCUCCAGGCUUACCUGGUCAAAAGGGAGAACAAGGUUUUGAAGGCAGCAAAGGAGAAAYUGGUGAAAAGGGUGAACAAGGAGCAAAAGGAGACCCAGGACUGGCUGGCCUUAAUGGACAAGAUGGUUUGAAGGGUGACUUGGGUCCUCGUGGUCCACCUGGUCCAAAAGGAGAAAAGGGAGACAUGGGGCCUCCAGGACCAACAGCCUUAACUGGUUCCAUAGGGAUGCAAGGCCCCCAAGGUCCACCUGGAAAAGAAGGUCAAAGGGGAAGAAGAGGAAAAACAGGACCACCUGGAAAACCAGGACCCCCAGGGCCACCUGGACCUCCUGGAUUACAAGGAAUACAACAGACUCUUGGUGGAUAUUUUAACAAGGGAAAUGGUGAACUUGGAGCUAGUGACCCUAAAGGAGAAAAGGGUGAAACAGGACUGCCAGGAUUUCCAGGGUCUGUUGGCCCUAAAGGACAAAAAGGAGAACCUGGGGAACCCUUUGUAAAAGGUGAAAAGGGAGACCGAGGAGAACCUGGAAUAAUAGGAUCACAGGGAAUAAAGGGAGAACCUGGAGACCCUGGUCCCCCUGGUUCAAUAGGAAACCCAGGACUGAAGGGUCAACAAGGACCUGCAGGUUCCAUGGGACCCAGAGGACCACCAGGAGAUGUUGGAUUGCCAGGAGAACAUGGUAUCCCAGGAAAACAAGGCAUCAAAGGAGAAAAGGGAGAUCCAGGUGGGAUUAUAGGCCCUCCUGGGCUUCCAGGUCCAAAAGGUGAGGCCGGUCCUCCAGGGAAAAGCCUGCAAGGGGAACCAGGAUUAGAUGGAAAUCCUGGAGCACCUGGUCCACGUGGGCCAAAGGGUGAAAGAGGACUGCCAGGUGUCCAGGGCUCCCCAGGUGACAUGGGCCCACCAGGGGCAGGAAUUCCCGGAAAAACAGGCUCCCAAGGACCAACUGGAGAGCCAGGUAUUCAGGGUCCUCGAGGUCUCCCUGGGUUACCAGGAACUCCAGGGACCCCAGGAAAUGAUGGAGCUCCGGGAAGAGAUGGAAAGCCAGGACUGCCAGGUCCCCCAGGUGACCCGAUUGCCCUUCCUCUCUUGGGAGACAUCGGGGCCUUAUUCAAGAAUUUCUGUGGCAACUGCCAAGCCAAUGUUCCUGGGCUUAAAAGCAACAAAGGAGAUGAAGGAGGUGCUGGUGAGCCUGGAAAAUACGAUUCCAUCACCAGGAAGGGUGAUAUAGGACCACAGGGUCCUCCAGGAAUUCCAGGCAGAGAAGGACCAAAAGGAAGCAAAGGAGAGCGGGGCUACCCUGGUAUACCUGGGGAGAGAGGUGAAGAGGGUCUUCAAGGAAUUCCAGGCAUUCCAGGUGCUAUGGGCCCUACUGGACCCCCUGGGUUAGUGGGAAGAACUGGACAUCCUGGUCCCAUGGGAGCAAAGGGUGACAAGGGCAGUGAGGGACCCCCUGGGAAGCCUGGACCACCUGGACCACCUGGUGUACCAUUCAAUGAAGGAAAUGGCAUGAGCAGUUUAUAUAAAAUCCAGGGUGGUGUGAAUGUUCCUAGUUAUCCAGGGCCACCUGGUCCCCCUGGCCCAAAAGGCGAUCCUGGCCCAGCGGGAGAGCCUGGUGCAAUGGGGUUGCCAGGACUAGAAGGAUUUCCAGGUGUAAAGGGAGAUAGAGGCCCAGCAGGUCCUCCAGGAAUAGCUGGAACAUCGGGGAAGCCAGGUACCCCAGGGCCUCCAGGAGUUCCAGGGGAGCCAGGUGAAAGGGGACCUAUUGGAGAUAUUGGUUUCCCUGGACCAGAAGGACCCUCUGGAAAGCCAGGAAUAAAUGGAAAAGAUGGAUUACCAGGUGCUCAGGGCAUCAUGGGUAAACCUGGAGACCGAGGCCCCAAAGGAGAACGGGGUGAUCAGGGAAUCCCAGGAGAUAGAGGUCCACAAGGUGAACGGGGAAAACCAGGCCUUACAGGCAUGAAAGGAGCUAUAGGUCCUAUGGGGCCACCAGGAAACAAGGGCUCCAUGGGAUCCCCUGGCCACCAAGGCCCUCCAGGAUCCCCAGGAAUCCCUGGCCCUCCGGCUGAUGCAGUUUCAUUUGAAGAAAUAAAGAAGUAUAUUAAUCAAGAGGUCCAAAGGAUUUUUGAAGAGAGGAUGGCUGUGUUUCUAUCCCAACUCAAGCUGCCAGCAGCAAUGUUGGCUGCUCAAGCUCAUGGGAGGCCUGGACCACCAGGAAAGGAUGGGUUACCUGGGCCACCAGGAGACCCUGGACCCCAAGGCUACCGAGGACAAAAGGGAGAAAGAGGUGAACCUGGAAUUGGAUUGCCAGGUAUUCCUGGGACUUCAGCUAUGGGUUUGCCAGGCUCACCGGGUACUCCAGGGCCCCAGGGCCCCCCAGGACCUAGUGGAAGAUGUAACCCAGAAGAUUGCCUCCAUCCUGUGUCUCAUGCCCAUCAUCGGGCAGGUGGGAAAUGAGCACACCUGAGGAAGACUUGGUUCCUGAGGAUACCUUCCGCCUUUGGAGCUAUCUUAUUUCUGUCAAACUUUCACAGUUUGUGGGCUGCUUUUUUUUUUCUUUUUAGAAUUUUACUGUAAGUCAGACAUUAAAUGCAAAAGUUUGAAUCCUGUUCCUACAAUAAUUGCAAAUUAGUAUUUCAGAUUUUCCCCAAAUUCAUUCCAUAUGUUUUGCCUCAUCAAUACUAUGAUUUGUAUUCAGUUUUAUAUGAAACAUGCAAGCAAAUCUUGUUGUUAGUAUUUCAAAAAAAAUCAUAUGAUUUGGUAGACGGAUGAUGUUGUACAUUUUGUAGACUUAUCAUCAUGUAAUUGACCUCUGAUCUCUGAAUUCUAAAGUUUCAGACUUGAAGUUUUCUUAGCAAUGGAAUUUAGUGUCAUUGCUAAAAAUUUUGUUCACUUUCUUGUGUAUUGCUCCUAUUAACCUUUUUUGAUUACUUUUACAAGAAUUCUUAUGCCAUCCUACAUCCAUCCUACUUUUGCAGAAAAAUAUUUAGGCAAUAAGAGCUUCACUUUAUAACUAUGCUUUGAAAAAAUUAAAGGAGACUUUUA